AUCGAUAAUAUCAUCUUAUCACCAAGACUUAAAACGUCAUAUUUCAGAUGCAAUUCAUUUUUAACGUUCCAUUUCCUAACUUUAGAAGCGAUAUUUCAACGCAAUUACACCAUCGAAUAUCAAGGAAAGCGUCAAACUCUAGGUGAAAAUAUUGGCGGUCUAAUUGAACUGGCAACAGAAGGACAAGGUGGGUUCUUCCAUAUGAUUGCCAGAGGGUAUACCUUCUCCAACGGUCUCAAUACUCGAGUUGAAUGGACAGAAGACGGUGAAAGAAAAUAUCACGAGAACCUGCACUCUCAAGAGGGUGAACUGAAACUCUACCCUGAUAUCGAAGAACUAUCAAACUGGACGGUUUCAGCCAAUCGUAUUGUCACCGAAGAUGUUUAUCCUGAUGUCAAAGACAAUGAAACAGUGAUAUAUAGAUGGAUUCUGCCAAAUCAAAAUCCCACUGACGUAUUGGUUGAUUUAUUCAGGAUUAUCGGUGAGUAUUCACAAUAA